AUGUCCACUGCCGCAUCGUCGCGUCCCUCGCGGCGCGCCGCGACAAGACGAACCGUCGUCGACUCCUCAGACGACGAAGAAAUGAACACCACGAUGACCAAGCACGCGGCCGACGACGAAGAAGAGUUUGCGCCCCAGACCAGCAGCCCCCGGAGGCAAACGCGCUCACGGAGAUCCAUCGCGUCCGCCGCUUCCACCUCCACCGCCGCACCCCGCGCUCGCGGACGGCCGAAGAAGAGCAUUGCUCCAGUGGAACCUUCCGAGGUGCUGGAGCCGGACACUACGAUUAUGUCAACGGCUACUGUCGAAGAGCCAGUGAAGAAGGCGGCGGCGACCAGGAAGCGGAAGAGCGUCAAGCAGGAGGCGGUUCCAGAGGAGACAACCCUACCAAUUCCAACACCAGAACCUUCCCUGUCUCCUGAGCCGUCGGUCUUGCAGGGCGCGCCUUUGGCCGAUAUUACUGUUACCGCAGUCAACGAGCGGCGUCCCGCGACGGCCGACGACAACACGAUAAAGCCUAUUAAGCCCAUGGACACAGUGCUCAUGCGCCCCAUGGAUAUUGUCCUCAAGUCGCGUACCAUGGCGAUACCCCAAGCCGAGGAUACGGGACCGAAGCCCCGAAUUGUCAUCACCUACCUUAUCCUCACAAACUUCAAGAGUUAUGCGGGCCGCCAGGAGGUCGGACCGUUCCACGCGUCGUUCUCGUCUGUUGUCGGUCCCAAUGGUUCUGGAAAGUCCAACGUCAUUGACUCGCUGCUUUUCGUCUUUGGUUUCCGAGCUAGCAAGAUGAGGCAGGGCAAGAUCUCGGCUCUUAUCCACAACUCGGCAGAGUAUCCCGAUUUGGAUCAUUGCGAGGUCGCUGUCCACUUCCAAGAGGUCCUUGAUCAGCCCGGUGGCGGCCAUACCGUUAUUCCCAACUCCGAUCUCGUCAUCUCGCGAAAGGCCUUCAAGAACAACUCGAGUAAAUACUACAUCAACAACAAGACCUCCGACUACACAACGGUGACGACUCUGCUCCGAGAUCGCGGUGUUGAUCUCGACCACAAGCGAUUCCUCAUUCUGCAGGGUGAGGUCGAGUCGAUUGCCCAGAUGAAAGCCAAGGCCGGCAACGAGCACGAGGACGGUCUGCUCGAGUACCUGGAGGACAUCAUCGGCACAUCCAAGUACAAGACUCCCAUCGAAGAGGCCGCCGCUGAGGUCGAGACGCUCAAUGAGCGGUGCAUCGAGAAGAGCGGCCGUGUCCAGCUCGUCGAAAAGGAGAAGAACAGCCUCGAAGACAAGAAGAACAAGGCCAUCGCGUACGUGCGCGAUGAGAACGAGCUCGCCAUGAAGAACGCGGCCCUCUACCAAAUCUACAUGGGUGAGGUCGAGGACAACAUCGCCGUGACCGAAGAGGCCAUCGCGCAGAUCCAAUCGCUGCUCGACGCCGAGCUGGAGAAGCACCACGGCAGCGAAGAGGUCAUCAAGCAGCUCGAGAAGGCCUACGCGAAGGGCAGCAAGGAGUUCUCGGCGCAGGAGAAGGAGACGCAGGCCCUCGUUAAGGAGAUGGCCAAGUUUGACCAGGAGCGCGUCAAGUUCGACGAGAAGCGAAAGUUCCUCGACGACAAGCGCAAGAAGCUCGAAAAGGCUAUCGCCAACGCUGAGAAAUCCGCCGCCGAGGCCGAGCAGACGAUUGAGGAGUGUGGCGAGGAGAUUGAGUCUCGUGCGGCCGAGAUCGCGUCCCUGGAGGAGCAGGUCAAGGCCGAAGAGGAGGAGCUUGCGCGCAUCAGGGACAGCCUCAAGGGCAAGACGCAGGCAUUCUCGGACAAGAUCGCCGCUAAGCAAAAGUCUCUUGAGCCCUGGAACGAGAAAAUCAACCAGAAGCAGUCCGCCAUUGCCGUCGCUGAGAGUGAGCUCAACAUUCUCCGCGAGAAGGCCAAUGCCGGAGCUGUUGCGCUCGCCGAGGUCCAGGCCAGGGUCGCUUCCAUCGAGGAGAACAAGGCUGCCAAGCUUCAAGAGCUGGAGGAGUGCAAGGUCGAGAAGGCCAAAUUAGAGGAGGAGGCGAAGCAUGUUGAGUCCGAAAUCAAGGAUCUCGCUUCACAGGAGCCUAGGAUCCGGACUAAGGUCUCCAACGUGCGGCAGAGGGCUGAGGAGGCUCGCUCGAGCUUGGCCAAGAGCCAGACUCAGGGAAAUGUCCUCACUGCGCUCAUGCGGAUGAAGGAGUCUGGUCGUAUCGAUGGGUUCCACGGCAGACUGGGUAACCUGGGCACCAUUGAUUCUAAAUAUGAUGUUGCCAUUUCCACUGCUUGCAGUGCCCUUGACAACUUUGUCACCGAUACCGUCGAGGCUGGCCAGCAGUGUAUCGAGUACCUGCGAAAGACCAACCUUGGUCGUGCCAACUUUAUCUGCUUGGACAAGCUUCGAGCCCGGGACAUGUCUCCCAUCCAGACCCCAGAGAAUGCCCCUCGCCUCUUCGAUCUCAUCAGGGCCAAGGAAGACAGGUUCCGGCCCGCCUUCUACCAUGCCCUUCAGGACACCCUUGUUGCGGAUGACCUAGCCCAGGCUAACAGGAUCGCCUACGGUGCAAAGAGGUGGAGGGUAGUCACACUCGCUGGUGAGCUCAUUGACAAGUCGGGUACCAUGACCGGCGGUGGAACCACUGUCAAGAAGGGCCUCAUGUCUUCCAAGCUCGUGCAGGAGACCACCAAGGAGCAGGUUGCCAAGUACGAGGCCGACCGAGAGGCCAUCGAGGCCAAGUUCCAGGAGUUCCAAGAUUACCAGAAGGAGCUGGAAACGAGGCUCCGCUCCCUCCGCGACGAGAUCCCCAAGCUCGACACUCGGAUGCAAAAGAUCGGCCUCGAGGUCGACAGCGCAGCCAAGAACCUUGCCGAUGCGCAUCGUCGUAUCAAGGAACUCAGCAAGGAGCAUCAACCCUCUCAGGCCGACGACAAGCGUGUUGCCGACCUAGAGACGGGGAUCGCCAAGCUCAACAAGGAGGUUGACAAGCUCCACGCGGAGACGUCGAGCGUAGAGGCGGAGAUCAAGCUGCUUCAGGACAAAAUCAUGGAAGUCGGUGGCGAGAAGCUCCGCGCACAACGCGUCAAGGUCGACUCCCUCAAAGAAGAGAUUUCCUCGCACAACGAGGAGACAUCCAACGCCGAGGUGCGCAAGGCCAAGGCGGAGAAGUCCAAGAUCAAGCUCGAGAAGGACCACGCUAAGGCGAGCAAGGAACUUGGGGCUGCGGAGCGGGAUCUCGAGAAACUCGAGAGCGAAAUCGAGAAUCAGGGGCAGAUCGCCGACGAGCUCAAGGCGAGGGCUGAGGCGGCGGAGGAGCAGCUUGCUGUCACGAAGAAGGAGCUUGCGGGAUUGAAGGCUGAUCUUGAUGAGAAGACGAGCGAGCUUAAUGCUACAAGGGCUGUUGAGAUCGAGAUGAAGAAUACUCUCGAGGAGAACCAGAAGGUGUUGGUGGAGAACAAGAGGCGGAGGGAGUAUUGGACCGACAAGCUCUCUAAGCUUAAGCUCCAGGACAUUGAGGACCUUACCGGCGAGUCAUCACCUGCCCCAGCUCCCGUAAAACAAGAAAAGGUGCAAGAGGGUGAAGACUCGGAGGAGACCUCAGAAACUUCUCAGACUGAAGAGGACGAGGGCUCCGAGGAGGCCGACUCCUCAUCCGUGGAAGAGCCUACCAAGCCCGCAAGGAAAUCCCACACCCUCGAGAUCCCACGGUACACUCGGGACGAGCUCUCAGGCAUGUCCAAAGACAAACUCAAAGGCGAAAUCGCCGCCCUUGAAGAAAAGACUCAAAACGCCGUCGACCUCUCCGUCCUCGCCGAAUACCGCCGGCGCGUCGAAGAGCACGCCAACCGCGCCUCGGCCCUCGCUGAGGAGGUCGCCAGCCGGGACGCCGCCAAGAAGCGGUGCGACGAGCUGCGUCGCCUCCGCCUCGAGGGCUUCAUGGAAGGGUUCAGCAUCAUCUCGCUGCGGCUUAAAGAAAUGUACCAGAUGAUCACGAUGGGCGGGAAUGCUGAGCUGGAGCUCGUGGACUCGCUAGAUCCGUUCAGCGAGGGCAUCUUGUUUAGCGUUAUGCCGCCGAAGAAGAGCUGGAAGAAUAUUAGCAAUUUGUCGGGUGGUGAGAAGACGUUGAGUAGUUUGGCUUUGGUGUUUGCUUUGCAUCAUUAUAAGCCUACGCCGCUUUAUGUCAUGGAUGAGAUUGACGCCGCUUUGGAUUUCCGAAAUGUGUCCAUCGUCGCCAACUACAUCAAGGAGCGCACCAAGAACGCCCAAUUCAUCGUCAUCUCGCUCCGCAACAACAUGUUCGAGCUCGCCUCGCGCCUCGUGGGCGUAUACAAGGUCAACCACAUGACCAAGAGCGUGACGAUCGAGAACAAGGACUACGUCCACGGGCGGGCGGCCGCACCUCAGCCUGCGCCUCUACCGCAUCCUAAUAGGGAUUACACUACGAUGUUGGUGGGGCCUAGGCCUGGGGGGAUAUAA